CGCCACCCUCGCACACACACAAUCGCGCAUUGAUAUUGACGACGACAUCGUCAUUCCGUUUAAAUUCCUCGAAAUUCUUUAUUUAUUUUUUGUUAAAUUGGCGCGUGUUGCAUUAUCCAGAGCAACGAAAGCCGCCGACACAGCAAGCCUGCAACUACAGCAAACAACACAACAAACAACACCACUAACUAAGUGAAACAGAACCACAUCCAUGGCAGCUGGCACCACACUGCAGAAGGCCAUCGAUCUGGUGACGAAGGCCACCGAGGAGGAUCGCAACAAGAACUAUGCCGAGGCGCUGCGUCUCUACGAGCACGGUGUGGAAUACUUUCUACACACCAUCAAAUAUGAGGCGCAGGGCGAGAAGGCCAAGGACUCGAUUCGAGCCAAAUGCCUACAGUACUUGGACCGGGCUGAGAAGCUCAAGGAGUACCUGAAAAAGGGCAAGAAGAAACCGAUCAAGGAGGGUGGCGAGAGCAGCUCCAAGGACGACAAGGACAAAAAGAGCGACAGCGACGACGAGGAUGGCGAUGAUCCAGAGAAGAAGAAGCUGCAAAGUAAGCUAGAGGGCGCCAUCGUCAUCGAGAAGCCACACGUGCAGUGGUCUGAUGUGGCUGGACUCGACGCCGCCAAGGAGGCGCUCAAAGAGGCUGUCAUCUUGCCCAUUAAGUUUCCGCAGCUCUUCACCGGCAAGCGCAUACCCUGGAAGGGCAUUCUGCUCUUCGGUCCUCCUGGCACGGGCAAAUCGUAUUUGGCCAAAGCAGUCGCCACCGAGGCGAAUCGUUCCACAUUCUUUUCCGUGUCCAGCUCCGAUCUGAUGUCCAAAUGGCUGGGCGAGUCCGAGAAGCUGGUGAAGAAUCUCUUCGAGCUGGCGCGUCAGCACAAGCCAUCGAUUAUAUUCAUCGACGAGAUUGACUCCAUGUGCUCCGCCCGUUCAGACAACGAGAACGACAGCGUGCGUCGCAUCAAGACCGAGUUUCUGGUCCAGAUGCAGGGCGUGGGCAAUGACACCGACGGCAUCCUGGUGCUCGGGGCCACCAAUAUACCCUGGGUGCUGGACUCGGCCAUACGCAGGCGUUUCGAGAAGCGCAUCUACAUUCCGUUGCCGGAAGCGCAUGCGCGCCUCGUCAUGUUCAAAAUACACUUGGGCAAUACGACGCACGUGCUGACCGAGGCGGAUCUCAAGGAGCUAGCCGGCAAGACCGAGGGCUAUUCGGGUGCUGAUAUUUCAAUCGUAGUGCGCGAUGCGCUAAUGGAGCCGGUGCGCAAAGUCCAAACGGCCACACACUUCAAGCGGGUCUCCGGCCCAUGCCCCAGCAACAAGGAACAGAUCGUUGACGAUCUGCUGGUGCCCUGCUCGCCGGGCGAUCCGGGUGCCGUCGAAAUGAACUGGAUGGAUGUGCCCAGCGACAAGCUCUUCGAACCGCCCGUGACCAUGCGCGACAUGCUCAAGUCCUUGUCACGCACGAAACCCACUGUCAACGAGGAGGACUUGAUAAAGCUGCGCAAAUUCACCGAAGACUUCGGUCAGGAGGGCUAAGCCGAUCCGCACGGAGAAUACUAAAGUCCAUGUCGCCAUCAUCAUCAACAGCUAAUUCUAAUUGUUGCCUAUUGCAUAAACACGCUGAACACCCGCUCGCUCUAUGGAUCCACACAAACACACUCACACACAUACACUAUAUAUAUGCAUAUAUAUAUAUUAAUUUUGUUCUAUACCUUUCAGUUUUUUUUUUUUUUUUUUUAUCCCAAACACGAUUGAUAUUCAUAUAUUAAUAUGCCUUACUGAUCGAUCGUUGAUUUAUACGGCUAAGAUUGUAAUUCAAGUUUUGUGGCUUGCGACACUUUGCCCCUCACCCCUCUCUGCUGCUGGUUGUUGCAAGUAGAAGUAGACGACGAAGAAGAAGAAGAAGUAGGAGAAGAAAGAAAAUUGAAGCUGAUGUAUUUUUAUACUCUUAAUGUUAAGCAAAAACCCGAAAUGAAAUCGAGUGUAAUUUAACAAAUAUGUGUUACAGCAUGUGUUCGCGCGCGCCCCUGUGUGUGUGUGUGUGUGUGUGGGUCUGUGUGUAUGUGCGUGUCCGAGUGUUCGUGAGUCUGUUAAGUGUAUGCCACAAGCGCCGCUGCCCUCAUACCUGGACACCUGCCCGCCUCCUCCAUCCAGCCAGCCAUCCAGACGGACGAACUGACCGACAGUUGGUCAAUCAACUAGUUAACCAACAACAACACCAACAAAAAGCAAGCAACCUAAAUUUAAAUGUAACCGAUCAAAAAUUCGAAAACAAAUCAAAGAAAUAAAAGCCUAUAUUGAGGUGCUUCUUGCCAGCACCACGAACACCUCAGCGUGACUCGACUGCAACAUGCCCUGGCAUGAGAAUGAAGAUAGAGAGAAAGAAAGAGAGAAAACACAUUCGAAUUGCUUGUCUAAAUUUUAAUUAAAUAUUGCCUUAUUUUCAUCUCGUCUCGGUCAUACAUUUUUUGUUUCUCCGUUUAUGCUUAGAAAUUACAAAUUGUUAAAUAAAUAUAUUAUGAAUCUAUAAGUAUUUUAAUCGAAA